AUGAGCUGUGGCUCCAAGCAGAGCUCUGCAGGCUGCCUGCGCGGCAGCGGUGGUGGUGGCGGGGCGGGCAGUAAGUCCUCCUCUGCCUCCUCACACCAGCUCGCUUCUAGGACGAGUGGUGGUGGCAGGAUUUCUGGCAGCAGUUGUGGUGGAGGAAGUUCCAGGAGCAGCUACAGCCUGGGAGCUAGUGGUGGGAGCUACGGCAGGAUCCGGCGCAGUAGUUACGGAGGAGGGAUGAGCGGUGGAUACUACGGAGGGGGAAUGGGCUGCGGCAGCAUGGGAGCAGGCUUUGGGCCGGGGGGGAGCGGGUUUGGCGCGGGGUAUGGAGGGAGCUUCGGUGCAGGUGGUGCUGGUUUCAGCGGUGGCAGCUUUGGCGCCAGUGGCUUUCACGGAGGGAUUGUGGGAAUUCUCUCCAGCGACGAAAAGCUGACCAUGCAAAGCCUCAACGAACGGCUGGCUUCUUACCUGGAAACGGUCAGAAAUCUGGAAAUGAAAAACGCUCAGCUUGAGCAGCUCAUCAGGGAGUGGUACCAGAAGCAUCAGCCUGCUGGUGCGAAGGACUACAGCCACUACUAUGGCCAAAUUGCAGACCUGCAGAAUCAGCUUGUGACUGCGGCUGUGGAAACCCACAGGGUCCUUCUGGACUUGGACAACACCAGGAUGACUGCAGAAGACUUCAGGAUAAAGUACGAGACAGAGUAUGGUCUCCGGCAGAACGUGGAGGCCGACAUCAACAGCUUGCGACCCUUGUUGGACAACCUCACUCUGAACAGGUCUGACCUGGAGAUGCAAUUUGAGUCUCUGAAGGAGGAGAUGAUUGACCUCAAGAAGAACCACGAGGAGGAAAUGAAAUUGCUGCACACACAGUCGAGCGGUGACGUGAGUGUGGAGGUGAAUGCUGCUCCAGGAGAGGACCUGCUGAAAAAACUGAAUGAUAUGAGACAAGAAUAUGAAAAUAUAAUUCAGAAAAACCGUGAAGAGGUUGAAAGGUGGUAUGAACGCAAGAUGGAGGAAGUGAGUCAACAAGUCCAGUCAAGUAGCCAGGAAAUGGAAUCAAGCAACCAACAGAUCUCUGAGCUGAGACGUGAAUAUCAGAGCCUGGAAAUCGAGCUGCAGUCGCACCUCACCCUGGUACAGGCUAGGCAAUCCAACCUGGAGGACACGGAGCGUCGCUACAACAUGCAGCUGCAGCAGAUCCAGGGGAUGAUCGGCCCCUUGGAGGAGGAGCUGGCCAGCAUCCGCUGCGAGACGGAGAGUCAGAACGAGGAGUACAAGAUGCUCCUGGGCAUCAAGACCCGCCUGGAGCAGGAGAUCGCUCAGUACCGGGCACUGCUGGAGGAAGGGCAGCAGGACAUCAGCAUCUCCCAGGGAGGAGCUGGUGGUGGAUCCGCAGGAGGAGGAGGUCAUGGAGGAAGCAGCUGGUCUUCUGGAAGAGGAAGCAGUGGAGGAGGAAGUAGCUGGUCCUCAGGUGGAGGAAGCAGUGGAGGAAAAACUGGAGGAUCCUAUGGGAGAACUUCCUCUUCUGGAAGUGGAGGAGAAGGGAGUGGAGGAAGAACCUCAGGCGGUGGCUGUGGUAAAACUUCAGGUGGAGGAGGUGGCAGUGGUGGAGGAGGAGGAGGGGGAAAAUCCUGCCUCUCCCGCUCUUCAUCCUCCCAGUCUGGUAAGUCCUGUGAGAGCCAGGUUCCAGGCGGCAGCGAGAACAUGAAGCUGUGCCUGGAAGGGAAUAAAACACUGGAGAGAGGAGCAACGAUGGAGGAAGUGUCUGAGGCCAUAAAAACGAUGAGACUGGGUAAGGCUCCAGGCCUUGGCAGCACCUCAGACAAAUACCUGAGAAUGUCGAAAACGAACAGGAAGUUAUAA